CGCCCAAAAAUCCCCAACUUUUCCACCAUCCCGAACCAAACCUCAAAUUUAAAUCCGCGCAAAACACACAACGCAAAAAAGUGCCACAGACAAAGACAGCCCCCGAAAACCAGUGUUUACGCUCGGGUGCGUCAUUCCAAAAUCACCAUUCCACAAUCGCCCCCAUUUCCACGUUUUCCAAGAUUGCACAACUGGCAAAUAUGAGCUCGUCUCUGCCCCCCAAAAUAACCAAGUUGAACCCAGCGGCGUACAAGAAACUCGCCGCUUUAAACCUAGAGUACGGCACGGCCCCCACGAAGUUCGGGAACUGCCUCGGCGCCUUCCGGGGCAACGCUCUGUGCUACCUCAGUUUCUUCGACCACAGCCCGCCGUCCCUAGACGAGAUGAAAAAAAUGUGGCCCGAGGCCUCCUUCACCGAGAACGAGUUGCUGAUUUCGUCGAAGUUGACUAAGUUGUUCGAGGAUGAGUGUACUAAUUUCGAGAUUUAUCUCAAAGGGACGGAUUUCGAGAUCGAAGUGUGGGAGGCUUUGUUGCGGAUUAAGAGGGGGACGACUGUGAGUUACGAGGAGGUGGCGAAGUCCAUAGGGCGUCCGAAGGCGACUAGGGCUGCCGCUAGGGCCAUCGCGAGGAACAAUAUCGCCUACUUUGUACCUUGUCAUCGCGUUAUUAGGAAAGACGGUUCGUUGCAUAAGUACGGAGGGGGGCCCCAUAGGAAAGCCAAGAUGCUCAGGGACGAAGGGGCCAUUUAAGCGCCGUUACAUUGAUACAUUUAUUGUACUUAUAUCGAAGGUCAUACAAUAUAUAUUUUUUUUUACAAA